AUGCACGAUGCACUCAAUACGGCGAUGAUUGAAAUCCAAAGCAAGAUAGGGGAAUUUUCCUCCAUCUUUGCUCCCCAGAGUGAUGACACCAAGAUUAUCCUGGCAAUUUUUGACUCCUUGACCACCCUUAUGGGCUUCAGUGUUUCGGCGUUCUUCAGUGUCGUUCAAAAGGAUGUCGCAAACGCGGCCCAGUCUAUCUCUAGUAGCCGUGGAAGCCUGAAUGGUCAGAAGGUGCAAGAUUGGUUGAAAGGACCGGUGCAUGAAUUCGAUGGUAGAGCUUAUGCCAACGACAUGACAUACCAAAUUUAUGCCAUCACGGCGGCCUGGACCAGGAACAAUGCUCCUACGGUUCAUGAUAAACUUGGGGCUCAGAACUCACUGAGCUCCGCUCUCGGCGACCUAUUCGCAGCUUGGAAGGAUACUGAGGUCUCCUAUCUACAGACCAUCUUUUCGGGCGAUGAUUCAUCACAGAACAACCUUCAAGCCCUCAUUGGAGAUGGCAAAAUGAACUUUGUGCCAAACCAACUAAACCAAAACAAUAUGGCAGCGGAGUUGCAGGCGGUACUCUACGGUCAACUGAUGCCUACUGCGUGGAAGACCGCCUCCGAUGGCGCCGGUGCCCAUCCAUUCAUCCUGAAGACAGAUUUUAGCUGUGACAACAAGGCCGCUAAUAUCCCCGAGAUCCACGACUAUCAGAUCAUGACUGAUGCGGACUCUGCCAGCACACGUGCGUGCUGGAGGGACAAGCUGGUUUUCCUUGUAAAUGCUAACGAAUGGGACUUUUUCAAUCAAGUCCACUUCACACCACUCCCCGGUGCGGAUAGUACCAACCUCUCCGGAGGUAAAUGGGGAGGCAUCACAAUUGAUGACAUUGUUGCAAGUGCAAUGACCGGAUAUGAGGACGCUGGCUACAAAAACGGCUACAAGUCGCCGGGCAUGGACGAGAUUGAGAAGGAUAACAAUGCCGAUAAAUAUGGCAAACGGGUCCGCUACCCUGGUUUCUUCAACAUCCCUGUAUGCGAGGGCCUGGCGAGGACCAAAGGACGAAUCAUGGCCAAUCACCAUGCAACCUCUCCAUUCUGGCCUUGCGAUGCGCCUGAUGACUUUAACGUCAAAGGAACUACCAUUCAUGUGAAUAGGGGAUGGAUUACCGCUAAUGGCAAGACGCCUGUCUGCGACACAUUCACGGUUGAUGACCCAGGAUAUGGUGAUACGCUCUCGGCAACCCUCUAUGGACGAUUCGAUGGAGAUAACACUUCUGAAGCCACUGUCAAGGCGAAGUGCAAGAUUACUUUCUCCUGGCCGAAGUGGUGGGGCGAUAUCUAUUAUGGAGCGGACGAUUGCAUGUACGACGGCGAAUCGAAACCCAUCCCGGAUGCAGAUGGCAACCCCGUGUGUUGCCAACAGGACGAUAACCUCACUGACAUGGUCACUAACCCGUAUGUGGUUGGAGGCGCGUGUAAGCCGAACUGA